GCUGAAGAGCCACCUUAUUAUUAAUCAGAAUUCCCAUCGUUAUCCCUGGCAGGCGCAUCCUUCAGUAGGGACCGCAGAAGCAUCACAGAGCUGGGGCUGAGAUGUGCGUGGGGGUUGUUUUUGUUACAUCUUGGAAGAGAAGAGGACAGUACCAAGAUCAGUGCCAAGCGUGCAGGGUGGGCUUAGGGGUGUUUUGUUAGGACUGAGGAAGGACAAGGAGUGUUGGGCCCGCCAGAGGUCCACAUCUCUUUAAAGGAAAGGGAAGAAGGAACCAAAGUGACGCGUUGUUUUUAAGGGGUGGGAAAAGAAGUUUAUACCCCCCAGAAAAAAGCUGCGGGGAAGCAGGAGCAACAGGGUACUAGUCUGGACACCAAGACAAAUAAUUUCCUGUGCAGAAGAGGAAGCAGGCUGCAGUGAGGUCCGGAGGCCAGCGCGUGGUGGUGGCAAAGGCCAGGUUUGUUGUGGGACAGUCAGCAAGAGGAAGGGAAGGUUCAGGAAUAAGCAGAACAAUGACUCAUUUACAAGCUGGUCUCUCUCCUGAGACCCUGGAGAAAGCUCGCUUGGAGCUCAACGAGAACCCAGACACACUGCACCAGGACAUCCAGGAGGUGAGGGAUAUGGUCAUCACCAGGCCGGACAUUGGCUUUCUGCGCACAGAUGAUGCCUUCAUCUUACGCUUCUUGCGGGCCAGGAAGUUUCAUCACUUUGAGGCCUUCCGCCUCCUGGCCCAGUACUUUGAGUACCGGCAGCAGAACCUGGACAUGUUCAAAAGCUUCAAGGCCACUGACCCUGGCAUCAAGCAGGCACUGAAGGAUGGCUUCCCUGGGGGCCUGGCCAAUCUGGACCACUAUGGCAGGAAGAUUCUAGUCCUUUUUGCAGCCAACUGGGAUCAGAGCAGGUACACACUGGUGGAUAUUUUGCGUGCCAUCUUACUUUCUUUAGAAGCUAUGAUUGAAGAUCCUGAGCUGCAGGUGAAUGGAUUUGUUUUGAUCAUAGACUGGAGUAACUUCACCUUCAAGCAAGCCUCCAAACUUACACCAAGCAUGCUGCGAUUGGCUAUUGAAGGCCUUCAGGAUAGUUUCCCAGCACGAUUUGGAGGAAUUCAUUUUGUCAAUCAACCAUGGUAUAUCCAUGCCCUGUACACCGUGAUCCGGCCUUUCCUAAAGGAGAAGACUCGGAAAAGGAUAUUUUUGCAUGGUAACAACCUGAACAGUCUACACCAACUAAUUCAUCCCGAGAUCCUGCCUUCUGAGUUUGGAGGAAUGCUGCCCCCUUAUGACAUGGGAACAUGGGCAAGAACACUGCUAGACCAUGAGUAUGAUGAUGACAGUGAAUACAAUGUAGAUUCCUACAGCAUGCCCGUGAAGGAGGUGGAAAAGGAACUCUCCCCCAAGUCCAUGAAGAGAUCCCAAUCAGUAGUGGAUCCUACAGUAUUAAAACGCAUGGAUAAAAAUGAGGAAGAAAACAUGCAACCUUUGCUAUCUCUGGACUGAUAACUUCUCUGCACUCCCCAUGGAUUAGAAAUGGAAGGUACUUGUUUUCAGCAACAGGGACAGCACUGUGGAGGAAUGACCAGCUGGAAACUUAUUUAUUCAUGUUAAUGUAGCAUAAUAUAUAAUAAGGCAUUGGGUUUCCCAUUUGCUUGAACCAUGGGUGCCCUGGUCUGGAGUUAAAGAAAAAAGUCAAUAAUUUAUUCUGUAAGUGCCAAGUUCUUUGUAAAUAUAAUCUAAUCUUCACAUCAAGUUUGUGAACUUUGGUAGUAACUGAAAUUGGAGAAGUUUGGCUCAUGAGUCCAUGCCAGUGAUAUAAACUAUAACAAAAAACAGAAAAGACACAUACAAAAUGGAAGCUAAUUAAAUGUAGCCCUGUUUCCUAUGAAGCCAUAUUUCAGCUCUCAUAGUGAUUGUUUCAAUGUUUUUCUCUGAAAUUGUCAUAUUCCAAUGUACUUUUAAUGGACACAGGUAACUAGAUGAUUCUAGGAAAUUAGUAUGAUAAAUGUGUUUCCUGCCUAGUGAUUUUCAUUUCACAGAAAAUGUGUCCUAGUGACUAUCACUGGCCUUGAAUUUUGGAGACAAGGAAUGGCAGAAGAGCUGGUAAACUAAACACUUGAACUCUUCUAUGUUGUUUAAUUCCUGGAGUCUUGUGAAAAGAUAUGUU